GUCCGCCGCCGCCGGGCUCCCCGCGCCCGCCCAGGAGCCGGCGCGGCCGGAAGUGAGGGGCAGCAGUCCCCGCCGGUGGCUGCGAGUGCGGCCCGGCCCGUCGCCUCGGACAGCAGCGCCGCGGCCAUGGAGGAAGGAACAGCAGAUUUGCGGCAAAGAAAGAAGCAAAACUGCUCAGAAGCUGAUAAGAUGUCUUCAAAGGAGAGAAAGAAAGAAAACCCAAAUUUAGGAAGAACACCAAAAUAUGUAUUAUUUCAACGGUUUGCAAAGCUUUUCUUUGGCUGUCUCGCAGCUGUCACUAGUGGGAUGAUGUAUGCUGUGUACCUUUCAACCUAUCACGAACGGAAAUUCUGGUUUUCCAGCAGGCAGGAACUUGAACGAGAAAUUACUUUUCAGGGUGACAGCGCCAUUUAUUACUCUUUUUAUAAAGACUUGCUAAAGGCUCCAUCCUUUGAAAGAGGUGUUUAUGAUCUGACGCAUAACAACAAAACAGUAUCACUGAAGACUAUUAAUGCAGUGCAGCAAAUGACCUUAUAUCCAGAGUUGAUUGCCAGUGUAUUAUAUCAAGCAUCUGGUAGUGAAGAAGUUAUUGAACCAGUGUAUUUCUACAUUGGUAUAGUUUUUGGACUGCAGGGAAUUUAUGUGACUGCAUUGUUUAUAACCAGUUGGGUUAUGAGUGGGACUUGGCUGGCAGGAAUGCUGACUGUAGCAUGGUUCAUUAUUAACAGGACAGAUACAACAAGAAUUGACUAUUCUAUUCCUUCAAGGGAAAAUUGGGCUUUGCCAUAUUUUGCAUGUCAAGUUGCAGCUCUUACAGGCUAUUUAAAAAACAACAUAAAUUCUUCUGCUGAGAGUUUUUGCUACCUGUUGGUGAGUGCUGCAACAUACACUUUCAUGAUGAUGUGGGAGUACAGUCACUAUCUUCUGUUUGUCCAGGCUGUGUGUCUCUUCCUGCUGGACAGCCUUACUCUGGUACAGACAGAGAAGGUCCAUGAGGUAUACAAAAUCUAUCUGUUUUCUCUCUUCUUGGGAUAUCUCUUGCAGUUUGAAAAUCCAGCAUUAUUAGUUUCUCCACUCCUAAGCCUUGUAGCAGCUUUAAUGCUCUCUAAAUGCCUAGAGAUGAAUAUGAAAAAGGGUACAUUUAUUUCAAGACUCCUGAAAAUAAUGCACUUUUACUUAGUAUUUACAGUAACAGUGACACUGAAUUUUUUAUUAAAGAUGUUUGUCCCCCAUAAAGAAAACGAACAUUUGUUGAAGUUCCUUGAAGUAAAAUUUGGAUUAAACACAACUAAGAACUUUACAAUGAAUUGGCUCCUGUGUCAAGAAUCCCUUCAGGCACCAUCCCAAGACUUUUUUCUGAGACUGACUCAAUCAUCUGUAUUGCCUUUCUAUAUUUUAGUUUUAAUUAUCUGCCUUUUUUCUGUAACUCAGGUCAUCUUUAAGAGAAUUAGUGGUGAACCACUCAGAGAAACUGUUACCCUGGAAGAUGGCAAAAUCGGAGAGAGGCCAGAGAUAGUUUAUCACAUCAUCCACACACUUUUACUGGGUUCUCUCGCAAUGAUUUUAGAAGGCAUGAAGUACCUCUGGACUCCAUAUGUUUGCAUGCUUGCUGCAUUUGGUGUAUGUUCUCCUGAGCUUUGGAUGACACUUUUCAAGUGGCUUCGAGUAAAAGCUGUGCACCCGAUAUUACUGGCUCUUAUUCUGAGUAUGGCAGUCCCCACUAUAAUAGGUUUCAGCUUGUGGAAAGAGUUUUUUCCUAGGAUAAUGACUGAGCUUUCAGAACUGCAAGAAUUUUAUGACCCAGAUACAGUAGAACUUAUGAUGUGGAUAAAAAGACAGGCUCCUGUUGCUGCUGUGUUUGCAGGAAGUCCUCAGUUAAUGGGCAUGAUUAAGUUGUGUACUGGAUGGAUGGUGACAAGUCUGCCUUUAUAUAAUGAUGAUGAUCUUCUAAAAAGAAAUGAGAAUAUUUAUCAGAUCUAUUCAAAGAGGUCUGCAGAGGAUAUUUACAAGAUACUCACAUCUUACAAAGCAUCUUACCUGAUUAUAGAAGAUUCAAUUUGCAAUGAGGUGGGACCUGUGAGAGGAUGUAGAAUUAAAGACUUACUGGAUAUUGCUAAUGGUCAUAUGGUUUGUGAUGAAAACGAGAGUUAUACCUACUCAAAGUAUGGACGAUUUUGUCAUGAGAUCAAAAUGAAUCAUUCUCCAUAUGUGAAUUAUUUUACUCGUGUAUAUUGGAACAGAUCCUACUUUGUAUAUAGGAUCAACACUGUGAUAUCCUUUCAGUCGUGAAAAGUCAUGGAGACUUCUUUUCAAAGAUUGACUCUGUAUGGAAUUCAAAUAAGAGGUGUUCCUCUUGUACAAAACAUUUUUUGUAGAUAGGAAUGGGAGUGUGCUCACUGUGUUAGUUUACCAAACGGGAAUUCUGCGGACUACAGCUCAACAAGUACAAGCCCCAUCUUAAAGGAAAUGUGAGAACUUGUCAGUUUUGUGGUCUUGACAAAGUGUGACAGUCUUCCAUGUUCUUAUAUUUGUCUUCCCAGUUUUUCCCUGUUUUUAAACUAAUGAAAAGUCAUUCAUAUGAAUGUUCCAGAACUAAAAUGCUACAGCAGAUAAUUAGAAAUAUCUUAACGUGAACCUACUUUGGUAAACGUAAAAAAAAACUGUUCAAACAUUAAGGAAGUGAUAAAUUUACUAUUAUACUGUGUUGUUUUCUUAGCAUUUGAUAUAAUCAAAAUGUUUGUGAGAGUCCACUAGAAUCCACUCAUUUUCUGCUCCCAUUGAUGUCCUUCCAUAUAUGUUGUUGUGUUCAUCUUGCACAUGUUCACAUUUUGUGUGUGUAGGUACAGUAUUUGCAUAAAAAAGAAACACUGGUCUUACUUGAGCAAAAUUCUUAUAGAUUUGGGCAUAGGUGUCCAUUCACGUGGAGCUACACUGACUUCAGUGUGUGGACACAGAUGUCUAUCUGGAGCUUGAGUCUUUGGGAUUUGUCCAUAUUAGAUACUGUAUGCAUGUCAAUGUGUUUACAAACUCAUUUUAUGCAAUUUAGUAGAUAGCUAAUUCUGUUUAAAAUAUUGCCACGUCUUAUUUUUAAUUCCCCAUCAUGGUUAAAGAUCAUUUUAAAAUAUCUGAUACCUAGGUAUUUUAAAAGUAUAUUCAUUCGAAGUCCUUUGGACUUUAGAAGACCAAUCAGGCUAGCAUGGUUAAGGCACAUGAGCUUCCAUAGCCAGCAGUGCACAAGACUGAUAUGGCAGGCAUGCAGAUCUGACUGCCUCUGACCUCCCAGUCUGAGGUACCCAGUUAUAGCAGCAGCCUACUGCAGCAAGCCUCAAACUUGUGCCUCAGUAACUGUAGUGAGAUGCCUUAACCACUCUGCCACUGUGUCUUUUCGAAUAUAUGGUUGUAAUUAAAACUGAACUAUUUUUUUAACUUUGCAAAGCUUUCUGCUUUCUUCUAGCUAUUCCUGCUCUAUAUGCCUCUAAUGAGGUUUUGUAAUAAUUUUUUCUGUGUAUGCAGGUUAUUUUGUUACUAGCUGUACUUGGGUGAUAAUGGAUGUCAGUUUCCUUCUUCCUUAGGGCUUGACACUGUAGUGCUGAACAAAAAACACAGCAAAAGAGAAUAGAGGCUUUGCUUCAAAGAAUAGUUAGGCAAAAAGCUGGGUUUCCAAUUUCAGGGGAAUUUUUUAUUUUGAAAUUUGGCUUCAGUCUGAAUUAGAUAACAAACUUUUUUAAAAAGUUUCCCAUGAACUAGAAGCUCCCUGAAAAAAUGUAUAUUGUCAGUUUCUGUUUUUAGCAAUACAAUUGUCAAAUUCACUGAGCAGCCUCAAGGAAUGGCAGAAAGCCCUCUACUCUAGAACUAAUCUUCCAGCUAGGAAGCCCAUGUUUCUAGAGACAUUGGCUCCAGAUCAGAUCCUGAAAGCAGGCACCCUGGCCCCGGAACAGUCUGCCUUACAGGUCUGUCUCAAAGUUGUGAACCCUGGAAGUAUCUGCUCUCUUCCAGGGAGCAGUCCAUAAGAAAUCGAGGCAGGAUUCCAUUGGAACCCUGCCUAGAACCCAGCAAAAAAUGGUAACAUCCAGAAUGGUAUGAAUGACGCAUUUGGGGCUCAACAAACCAGCAUUUUCUGAUGUUAUUUUAUCAGAACACUUCUGUAAGAACUGCAAAAUCAUUGUCUCUGUGUCUACUAGAAAAAUAGAAAUCCAAUUUUUUUAACUUUCUUUGAAGUGAGUUUCUAGUGCAAGAAUGUGGUACAUGUGUAUGUUUACCACUUGCUUUAUGCACAUAGAUUUGUUUAUCACAUAAACAAUCAAGCUAUUAUCAAGCAACUGGAGCUGCCUGUUAAAAAAAAAAAAAAAGGAGGUGUUAUUGUUGCAAACAAUGUCAUCGUGCCUAUAGUUAAAUCUUCACUUUUUAAUAUAUUAAUUUUUAAUGCCUAAAACCUUCAGUGUAUUAAAUUAUCCAUUUUAUUUGAAAAAAUGGUUUAGAUAGAUUCAUAAAAUAAAGUUAUAAGGGGUGUGGUCAUUAGGAUAACUGGCUUUUACCAUAGUUGAGUUACAGGGUAUAGUAAAUAGCCUCAUAGGAGAUAUAGCUUAGACACACAUUACUUAAAGGUGGGGGGGGGUGCAUAUGUGUACAUACGUAUAUAAGUUCACAUACAUUAUGUGCUGUUUGUAUGUUUAUGCACAAAUGCAUACCUGAAUCUGCACUGAACAUAUUUUCAGAUUACAGUUACUACAGUAAAUGAAUGCAUUAACAUGAGCUGCUGCAUGGAUGUGGGAGCUUUUUUCAAUAGUCUGUGUGUGUUAGAGUGAAUGUAGAUGCAUUUAAUAUAUUGAAAUAACUCUAGCACUCCAUAUGCAAUUGUGGUGUAUUGAUUUGACCUUCAGAAUUAUCAUAUCUGUGUUUUGUUUUCAGCUAGUGCAUAAGCUGACCUGUUCAUUAAAUCAUUUCAUAAUAGCAAUAAGGCAUUCCACAUAGCAAAGUUCAGGGUGACUUGCAUUUCUUUGGUACCUGAAGUCACAUAGCCUAUGACUGCAUGCCUUAUAUUCCAUUCAAGAUGCAGUAUUUUAACUGUCCUGAAAUGAACUGCCUGUUGUGUCAUUGCAUUGAGAGAUUGAUAUUUGGUUAUAUACAUAUCAGUGAGUAGUACAUGGUGUGAAUACAUGUGUGUGUAGAAAAAUAUAACUGAGGAUCAUUCCACACAUCUAUGGGGAAAAAAAUCUUGUUUUGUGGCACAUUGGCCUUUAUAUAUGUUUGAGUAAACACGUUGCAUCUUCUUUGAACUGUGACAAUACAGUUAUUAUAGUAGUGUCAUGGUUUAAAUAGUAAUAUUGCUACUAAUUGUCUGCUUUAGGAGAAUCCAAAUUAGGCGGAUAUUUAACAUUUUCAUAUUAGGAAAAAAAAAUGGUUACAGCAACAUUGGGUCAUUAGUCUUAAAUAGAAAAGACAAGUCUUGUAACUUGAAAUAUGUUACUGAAUUAGAAGGCAAAACGUUUUAAAAUAAUAAACCUAAAAAUUAUCUUUUACAGGAGAAUAAUAGAUUUGAAUAUUUAAUCCAGUUGCUAAUCGGCCUAUGACAUAAAGGUCGAUUUUGUUUUGUACUGCCCACAGAGAAGAUAAGUUCCCUGGUGUUCCCAGGAAGGCUUAUAUUAGGCAUAAUCACAGCUAAUUUGUAUGCAUCAUCCUAACUUGUUUUUGAGUAGCACAGCCAUCCUAUUGAAAGAUUAAAACUCAUAGUUCUGAGGCUGGGGAAAACUUUUAAACAAUUCCAAUUUGUUUUGUGGUUGAUGUGCAGUCCAGUUGAAAUAUGUGCCUUGAAAAAUUUCACUAAACAAAAAAAUUAUUUAAUUCAUGUUUAUUUUUGUGAAGAUUUUUUUAAAGCAAUGUCCCUUCUGCUUUCUGUGGUUGUAACUAUUCAUCUUAACACCCUUUUCCAAUUAGAGUACGCAGCUGCAUUGAAUGGUGCAGCUUAUAUGUAUGUCAGCCAUUUUGUUUACUAUCAUUGAUUCCACCAGUUUAGAAAAAAAGAUAAAUGAAUUUAUGUGGUAUAUUGUUGCCAUUAUGCUGGUGCACGUCCUCCUUCCUACAAUUAACAUCCAAUUCAUAAUACAGUUCUUGGUGUCAAUAAAUAGCAAAAUAAUCUCUUGAAAUAUCAUAGUGCUUAGAUAGUAACCUAGUUACUAAAUAAGAUCGUGCUUUUAUGCAGUACCCUUAUUUCUAGGUUCUGAUUUAGUCAAGUGACAAGAGAAAUGAGACUGGCAAUCUCAGCCCAGUUCUUAGAAGAUACUUAGAAUCAUAAAUUACCAGUUUAACCCAAUUGUGCAUAUUUUCUAGGAAAAGUAUGGAACUAAAAUAGUGACAGCAAGCCAGGUAAUGGCUAAAAUGCCGUGUCUACAUUAUCUAAUACUUUUCUUAACUAUUUAAUUCACUGGAAAAAUAUUUUCACUUCUUCUAAAAUAAAUUAAAUUAGUAAUGUCAACUAUCAUAGCUUCUAUCCCUAGGAAACAAAAGUAUAGUGUUUAGUGAAUGCUUGUUUUUUCUAGUUAGUCAUAACUUGCAUUGUUGAUUAUUAAUAUAUAAUAUUUACUUGUUAAUGAACAAAUCUUCGGUUUGCCUUGCUCAUGUAAGUAAUGUCUGAGGGCCAAAAUCUUACAGGCUUUGGUCAAGCAUCCAAUUGUUAGAUCAACUAAAAUAGUAGCAAAAUAUUCUUUCUUUGCAAGCGGUUGGAUCCAAACAGCAUUCAUCAGGCAGAGGAGAGUUCAAAGAUUGUAAAAGUUCUCCCAGGUAGAAAAGAAACUUCAUAGUAUCAUAGUUAGUAGGGUCGGAAGGGACCUGAGCAGAUCAUCAAGUCCAACCCCCUGCCACAGGCAGGAAAGAAUGCUGGGGUCAGACGACCCCGGCAAGGUGUCUGUCUAGCCAUCUUAAAGACCCCCAGGGUAGGAGUGAGGGGAGGUAAAAGUCCUUUGAAACCCAGGGGAACUGCACCAUCCUUUACUUCCCCUGUGCAAGAUGAAGUUUCUUUUUUUUACCUGGGAGAACUCUUAUACUCUUUGAAUUCCAAUUGGCCAACGAAGAGUACUUGGACCCAAAAGCUUGCAAAGAAAGAAUUUUUUUUGCUACUAUUUUAGUUGGUGUAAUCAAAGAUUGCCUCUAGCCCAAGAGUUUUGUCUGUUUCAAAUAAGUUACAUUUCUAAGUCCCAUAUAUAUUAAUAGGCAUAUAGACAUCAAAGUACAUUGGAAUAGACUGAAGCAAGAAACGGAGCUUAUUUUAAUAUAAACAAUACUUUAAUUGAAAUAAUACCUUAUCAUAAAGCAGUAUAAUCAUGUUCUCCUCUUAAAAUUGAAAUUUAGAAAAGAAACUGAAGUUGUAAAGGGAAGGUGUGUGUGUGUGUGUGUGUGUGUGUGUGUAACAUUUUCUACAUUAAUAGUGAGACGAGAAUAAUUUAUCACCAUUAUGUUGUUAUGAUCUUUAAAAGUUGCUUAAAUAUGCCAAAUAGGGGAACAAAUAUGUGUAAAGCUUUAACAUUGUCUAGUACCUUAGUUCAGAUAUGUUACAGGAACUAGUGACAUUUUUAGAUUUCGAUACAAAAUAAUACAUGAGUAAUUCUGCCUUUGACAAAAUUGUAUAAAGGUUUUCUAAUUAACUAAUGGGAAGGAGAUGCAUUAUGAAAAGUUUUCAACUUUGUACUUUGAGAAAUUAAACAGCUUACUGUUAAUGCUUUAA